GCGCCCAAACCCAAACCAAGCUCAAAGCGCGCAAUUUUUCUGGCAUGUUUUGGCAGUCGAAUCGUUCGUAGAGCGACGCCUAAUAGUUCCAUUGGAUGGAGUAAUUUCCAGCCAACUUUUUCCAGUAUGGCAAUGAUUCAAGUGCUUCGAGAUAAGGAAUAUGGUCGGCAGAAGUGGAGAAAAGAUUGCGUUUGGAAAUCCAGCGUAUUAGAAAACCUUCACAGCAACUCCAGCAAUGAAUUUGAGAUUCAAACUCAGACAGAUGGAACAAGUAUUCCACCAAUGGCAUGCGAGUACUCUCCCUAUGCUUCCCAGUGUGACCUUGUGGCCGUUGCAGAUGAAGAGGGCGGCAUCAAUAUCUACGACUUGGAUGCUGGUCGAAUGAAACAUGUUGAGUCGUGGUUGGCACACGAGAAUGCGGUGUUUGACAUUGCUUGGCAUCCAAGAAGACAGGAGAUGGUUACAGCAUCCGGAGACCUAAGCCUUCGACUCUGGGAUGUGACAACACGCACGUGCCUUCACCAGUAUUGUCAACACGAAGCGAGUGUCAAGUGUGUCUCUUACAAUCAACGCAGCCCCGACAUAUUUGCGUCGGGUUCGAGAGACGGUGACAUCAUGGUGUGGGACUCGAGGCAACCUGGUCGAGUUGCAGUAAUUUCCAAAUCUCACCAGAGUGUUGCCAAGCGCAAGACAAAAGCAAACAAGGGUGUGACCCCUAGUAUGAGCGUCACCGACUGCGUCUUUCAAGACGACUAUCAUCUCAUUACGUGCGGUGCAACCAAUGGCACCAUCAAGGUGUGGGACAUGCGCAAAAACUACAGCCUCUUUGGCAACGAUCCCAAGCCUGCCUAUUCAUUUCCCUAUGCUGGAGGAGGCACAGCUGUACACGGCUAUACAUCUUUGGCAUUGGACGGUCUCUACUUGUAUGCAAACUGUACAGAUCGCUCUAUCUACAGGUUUAAUGUGCUCACAUAUCCUCCCGAUCCGACGUGCACGUAUUAUGGACAUCGUGUUCGUGGUAGUUUCUACAUCAAAUUGGACCUGAGUCCGGACAGUCGCUUCCUCCUCGGCGGAUCGGCAGAUCAGUCGGCUUACAUAUGGAAGGUGGACGACCCCGGCUAUCCGAGCUUCCAGUUGGAUGGACACACUACGGAAGUGACCUCCAUUUCGUGGAACAAAUUUGACUUUACCAAGAUUGCAACUUGUGGUGACGACAAUAAGGUAGUGUUCUGGCAAUGCAUGGAAGAAAGGCAAUGUGGAUCACCGUACAUGUGCUCUCCUUUUGUGCUCUCGGAAAGUACCCCAAAACCACAGUGGACUCCCAAACAUCGGAAAACAGAAAGUGUUAUCCAGACACCCCGUUCUAGGCCACAGUCAGUCGUGGAUUGGCUGACACCGCCAUCCAAGAGACGCUUCUUGGGAGAGGAACAAUUGCUACGGACAUCCGAAUGUACGACACCGAGAUCGCAUCACGGAUCUUCAGAAGCUAGGAUUCUGUCUCCGAGGAAAGUGGACAACGGCCUUAAUCUUCCUCAGCGUCGCCUUCUCCUUGAGAUGACGGAGGAAAACUUGGAAAACAGUAUGACGAUUGCGGAAACCUUGGUGACUCCUCCUCGCCCCAGUCGAGCAACAACAGCUCCCAGCGCUCAGUUGAGCAAGAAGACGUACAAAGUGAAAAUGCGUCUCUUCAGAAGGAAAUCAACCAGGGCCAAGUCGAGCCAAGCCAAGAGAGAACUAGUUCAACUGCGGACCAUCACAUCCUUCUUCAAGCGCUGAACUGAGCAUAACGAGAAACCAUCACAUUACCUACUUUUAGUGCUAUCACCUCUGUGUUGUUUUACGUGUGUGCAGAACCCGACUAAAACUGUCUAUUGAGGUUUCUUUCGUUGUAGCAAAAUUGAUGAAAUUUGAAAAGAUUUAUGCAAACAACAUGAAUAGUUUUAUGCAGUAGAACCGUGAUUGUACGAUCAUGGAACACACUAUAUGUAAUGUGUUUCGGGCGGACAACUUGCCGGGCUGCUUUUGCUUUGCCGACAAAGGGUGGUUGAGGACAUCGCAAGAAGGAUCCUCUUUGGGCAAAAUUGGCAACUUUUCUUUUAUUGUACCGAGAUGGUGAUGUUUGGUUCUAGUGGGAGUUAAAAUGCACCGUUACCUAUGCUAGCAUGAUCGGGGGAUGUCAAUUAUUUCCUCAUUGCAUUUUGCCGUAAUGAAACUGAAAUACCGUACUUUGGCUACUCAAAAACAUAAAAUUUGAGCAGCAGCUAACGUUUUUUUUUCACAUUUGGAAACUCUUCAACAAGAAACCUUUUGUUUGUCCAAUGCAUUGUACCGGUUAUUGUACCUCUUGCAGCUGUUAAACGAAAAACUGCGCUUUUCCAAAGAAGAGAUUGUCCGCUCUGGUGUAUAAAAGUUUCCUGCCAUCUA